AUGGCUCGUACAAAGCAAACCGCCCGCAAAUCGACUGGUGGCAAGGCUCCUCGUAAGCAACUCGCCACCAAGCAAGCUCGCAAGACUGCUCCAAAGACGGUCGCGUCUGGCGUCAAGAAACCCCAUCGUUUCAGGCCUGGAACCGUCGCCCUUCGUGAAAUUCGUCGCUACCAAAAGUCGACAGAGCUGCUGAUUCGCAAGCUGCCGUUCCAACGCCUCGUCCGCGAGAUCGCUCAGGAUCUCCGCUUCCAGUCGUCUGCAGUCCUCGCCUUGCAAGAGGCAGCCGAGGCUUACCUCGUCUCCCUUUUCGAGGACACCAACCUUGCUGCUAUCCACGCCAAGCGCGUCACUAUCCAGCCCAAGGAUCUCCAACUUGCUCGCCGCCUCCGUGGUGAACGUGCCACCUAG